GAUGUGACACGGGCUCCUUAAUAUAUUUUGCUCACAGUCGACAUUCACGGACCAGCACUGGGUGACUCUGCUCUGGGAUUCUGUCUCCUCCGGAGUCUUUUUACGCACAGAUACAACCGCGAACUCUUCCUUCUUUUUUCACAUAUGUGCGCGCAGCUGACUUCUAUUUUGUAGCUGACAAUAUAAGAAGAAACGGGACAUGUUUGGGAUUUGGAAGGGACUCGCCGGGCUGUCCGCUUGCUGGUGUCUGUUGAUGCUUAUUCAUUGUUUGCCUCAAACAGAUGCAGCCUACAUAUGCAACGCCAAUCAGUUUAAGUGCGGAAAUGGGAGGUGCAUCACCCGCAGGUGGAUUUGUGAUGGAAGUGAUGAUUGUGGUGAUGGAACUGAUGAGCUGCCCGCUAGCUGCGGAGUCAAAAUCUGUCGGGAUUCGCAGUUCAACUGUGGCGAUCCCAUGAGCCAGUGCAUAUCAAAAGACUGGCAAUGUGACGGCAAAGCCGACUGUACUAACGGCGCUGAUGAGAAAAACUGCACGGCCAAGCAGUGUGACGACCGUGAGUUUCGUUGUGCCAAUGGCCAGUGCAUAUCCAAGAGCUUUGUUUGUGACAGCGACAACGACUGCUCAGAUGGCUCAGAUGAGGCGUCCUGUCCCAAACCCACCUGUAACUCUCGCUCCUUCCAAUGCAACAACUCAAUGUGUGUGCCUGCGAUAUGGCGCUGCGAUGGAGACAGAGACUGCUCCGAUGGGUCUGACGAGUGGCCCCAGAACUGUGAAGGAAGGAAGCCAGAGAAGACGUGCAGACCUCACGAGUUCCAGUGUGCGAAUGGGGACUGUAUCCACGGCAACUGGAAGUGUGACGGAGGGUUCGACUGCCUGGAUCGUUCGGACGAGGCUAAUUGCACUCAUUCCACUUGCCGCUCAGAUGAGUUCCAGUGUAAGGACGGCACCUGCAUUAACAAAAGCCUCCAAUGUAAUGGACGUGCUGACUGCGGGGACCUCACUGAUGAGAUUGAAUGUGAUACAGUAUGUGAAGGCCCAAACAAGUUCCAGUGUCGCAGUGGGGAGUGCAUCGACACGGAGAAAGUGUGCAACAAGCAGAACGACUGCAAGGACGGGUCUGAUGAACCAGCGAAAGAGUGUGACAACAAUGAGUGUCUGACCGGAAAUGGCGGCUGCUCUCACUACUGCAACGAUCUGAAGAUUGGCUACAACUGCUCCUGCCCUGCUGGAUACAGGCUGAAGGCCGACAACAAAACCUGUGAAGACAUUGACGAAUGUGCUGAGCCAGACACUUGCACUCAGAUCUGCAUCAACUUGCCAGGCAGCUACAAGUGUGAUUGUGAAGAGGGCUAUAUGAUUGACCCUGCGACCAAAACUUGCAAGGCUGAUUCAGGCACAGUGCCCACCUUGUACUUCACCAUCAAACACGAGGUGAGGAAGCUGACAGUGGACCGCAGCGAGUACGUGCGUGUGAUCCCACAGCUGAAGAACGCAGUGGCUCUCGACAUGGAUAUGGCAAACAAGAUGAUCUUCUGGUCUGACCUGUCUCUGAAGAAAAUCUACAGCUCUAUGAUAGAUGUGGCUGGCAAUUCCUCUCACCACAAUGUGGUGGUUGAAAGUGGGAUAGAGGCCCCAGAGGGCAUUGCGGUGGACUGGAUCCAUGGCAACAUCUACUGGACUGACAGUGUUUUGAAGACUAUUUCUGUAGCAACAACGGACGGCAGUAAGAAGAAGACCCUGAUCGCAACGGACCUGGACAAGCCACGAGCCAUCACAGUCGAUCCAGUAAACAAUUUGAUGUACUGGACAGACUGGGGUGAAGAAGCUAAGAUUGAGAAGAGUGGGCUGAACGGUGCAGAUCGCACUACUUUAGUAAAAGACAACAUUGUGUGGCCGAAUGGCAUCACCCUGGACAUGGUCAACCAACGUCUAUACUGGGUGGACUCCAAGCUGCACUCUCUCUCCAGCAUCGAUGUGAAUGGAGGGGCCCGACACAGUCUCAUUAUUAAUGAGGAAAAACUCUCCCACCCACUCUCCCUGACAGUCUUUGAGGAGAAAGUAUUUUGGACAGACAUGAACAACGCUGCUGUGUUUAGUGCCAACCGCUUGACAGGAAGCGACAUCACUGAGCUGGCAAACGACCUGGGCCAGCCAGAAGACAUCAUACUGCACCACAACCUGAAGCAGCCAGCCAGUUCGAACUGGUGCACAAAUGGAGGUUGUGAGUUCCUGUGCCUACCUGCCCCUCAGAACGACCCACAGUCUCCCAGAUACACCUGUGCCUGUCCUGAUGGCAUGGUCCUGGGACCUGACAUGAAGAAAUGCGUGGCAGAAAGCACAGCUGCGCCUCCCAAAACUGCUGCUCCGCUCCCACCAAAAGGGCCCACAAAUCCUGCUACACCCAGGCAGCCAGACCCGACCACCACAACUACAACCACCAAGAAACCCACAACUACCUCUGCUGUGCAGCCUAAUCAGAAAACAGAGAAGCCUGCCGUCACUGCUCAAGGUGACAGACAAGCAGCCGUGCAGCCUGAAGAAGCCCCACCCUCCCACCCUGUUGCUCUCUACGUUGUGUUGCCACUGAUGAUUUUGGCUCUUCUGGUAUUUGGAGCAAUGUACCUCUGGAGACACUGGCAUAGGAAGAACACCAACACCAUUCACUUUGACAAUCCCGUGUACCAGAAAACCACCGAGGAUGAGUUACACAUCUGCAGGAAUGGCUCUGACGGCUACGUGUAUCCUGAGCGGCAAAUGCUGAGCAUGGAUGACACGGAUAUGGCUUGACCUGCCAAUGAAGAAAAAACUCGUUUUAUUUGAAGUGCUGGAAA